AUGCCCUCGGACACCAUGUUGGAAAAGAGCAACCAAGACGACGGCCACGUGGUAGUGGCGUCGACGACGACGACGACGACGGGCGCGUUGGGUGCCAUCGGCGGCACGCGCAAGGACAGCAGCAACGGCAGCGCCAGCCACGACGACGGCGGCGGCGGCGAUGAUGUCCAGAGACACCAAGACAGAGAGGCGCGGCUGCGCGCGAUCCGGCGCAAGAUUGACUGGGCCAUCAUGCCGCUCAUGUUCCUGUGCUACUUCUUGCAGUUCCUCGACAAGGUGCUCGUCAACUACGCCAACAUCAUGGGCAUGUCGGAGAGCCUGCACUUCCGGGGCGACGACUUCUCGUGGAUGGCGACGGCCUUCUUCAUCGGCUACGCCGUGGCCGAGCUGCCGCAGGGGUUCCUGAUCCAGCGGUUCCCCGUGGCCCGGGUGCUGGGCGUCAACGUGGUGCUCUGGGGCGUCACCAUCUGCUGCACCGCGGCGACGCAGAGCUUCCCCGGGGCGGCGGCCGUGCGCACCCUGCUGGGCAUGUUCGAGGCCGUCAUCACGCCCGCCCUCAUCAUGAUCACGUCGCAGUGGUACACGCGCCGGCAGGCGACGCCGCGCACCGGCGUGUGGUACUGCGGGCUGGGCGUCGGGCAGGUCGUGGGCGGCUUCAUCUCGUGGGCGGCGCAGACGGGCAGCAGGCGGCAUGCCUCGUCGUCCUCGACGCUCGAGGGCUGGCGCGUCAUGUUCCUCGCCGUGGGUGUCUUCAACCUGCUCGUCGGCGUCGCGGUGCUGCUGCGCAUGCCGUCGGGCGUGCGGGCGGCGCGCUUCCUCGCCGACGCGGACAAGGCGCUGCACGAGGAGGCGCUGGCGCGCGACCACGGCGGCGGCGAUGGCGACGGCAACGGGCCCAAGGUGUUUGUCGCGUCGGGCAUCGUCGAGGCGCUGCGCGACGUGCAGGUGUGGCUGCUGUGCCUGGCCACGGUCCUCAUCGUCAUCCCCUCGGGCAUCAUCACCACCUUUUCCGCGACGCUCAUCCGCGGCUUCGGCUACCCGCCCGACGUGGCCGCCCUGCUCAACAUGCCGUCGGGCGUCGUCUCGGUGCUCGCCACCCUGCUCGGCACCUUUGCCAUCCUCUACGACCUGCCCCGCUGGCUGGCCAUGUGCCUGCUGCUGGUCCCGACCAUGGUCGGCGCCGGGCUCAUCUCCUUUUACGCCGAGCGCUCCCAGGCCGGCGCCCUCGCCGGCAUCUACCUCAUCAACUUUGCCGUCGCGCCCCUCGCCCUCGUCUACGCCCUCGUCGGCGCCAACACCCGCGGCUACACCAAAAAGGUCACCACCAACGCCGCCGUCGCCGUCUCCUUUUCCGUCGCCAACAUCAUCGGGCCCCAGACCUUUCGCGCCGCCGACGCCCCCGGCUACCUGCCCGCCAAGAUCACCGUCUUUGCCGUCUGCGGCGGCUCCAUUGUCGUCGCCGUCCUGCUGCGCCUGCUCUACGGCUGGCGCAACAAGCGGACCGCUGCCGGCGGCGGGGGGCUCGACGCCGUGGACCAGAGCCAGAACCAGAACCAGACGGACAGGGCGAGCCCGGCGUUUUAUUACGUGUACUGA